UGUGAGCGGCGUAUUUUUUUUUUUUCAUUUUCUUAUUUCGUCCACUUUGACUGGUAUUUCGCUUGACCAAAACUGUUACGCCAAUUACAACAGUAACAGUCGCAACAGUAACAAUAAACGAAACGACGACGGGACUCUCGUAAUAAUUACCGUCCGCUCUUUUGCCCGGCGGUUUUCAUGCCGAGUUUGACCGGCCGCGGACAUUAACGUCGCCUCCGCCGCUGUGACAAGUCGAACGCGCCCCAACGGUACUCGAAUCCGGUGAACAGGAACCACCGGACCACAGCGGCGGCAUUGGACAGGGGACACCACCGGGGAGGAAACGGGACUGAUCGUACGAAAAACGAAAACCACAGAAAACGCCACUCAGGACCACCAGGAACCAUGGAAAAGGGUGACAAGAAAAACAACGACUGUUACUUUUACUACUAUUCUACUUGCAUGAAGGGAGACAAAUGCCCAUUUCGCCAUGAACCACAAGCAUUAGGAUGUGAAAUGGUAUGUAGUUUUUGGCAAAACGGAAAGUGUGAAAAUGAUCAUUGUACAUUACGCCACAUGGAAUUGAAGAAAAACCGAAAAGCAAUACCAUGUUAUUGGGAAAAACAACCAACUGGAUGUCGUAAGCCAUAUUGUGCAUUUUUACAUACCAAAACCCGAGAUCCAUCUCAAGAUGCAGGGGCUAUUGCAAUCGCAGCUAACACCAUGGCUAUUGAAAAUAGUUUUCGCAUAAACCCAAUGGCUGGUGUCGCACUUACUGCUGGUCCUGAAGCUGCAUUGCGACAACGUUAUGACCAGCCAUUACGAAUGAAUUGACAACCAAUGAACGCAAGUACGGCAUCUACUGUUUAUGGCAGUUCUGUCGUCACACUGCCAUACGUAUUCAACAAUAAUCAAUCCACUGCUGCCAUGUUUCUUGAUCAUUGCAACUUCAAUGCGUUUAUGUAAAAUUCAAUAUUGGUAUUGAAAACACAUUCUCAGUACUGAAGAAUUAAAAAAAAAACCUUAUCCUAGAAAUUUUCAUAUUCUUGGUUAGGUACAAGGCAGAACUGUUUCACUCAACAAAUGCAAUAUUCAACAAUUUAAGGCCGAAGCUUGUUUAUUUAUUUAUCUUUGUUUUUCUAUCUGAACAUUUUAUUUUUAUUUUAAACUAUUGUUAUUAUUUAUUUUAUUUUUAAGUAAUUUUUAAUGAACAUCAUGUUUUUUCUGCACUGUAGUUCAUAAUAUAAAAAACGUGUUGCAUAAUUCUACGUUUAUUCAGCUCAAUUUCUAUUAAUCUGGUUACAUUCUAAAUGCUUUGAGAGAAGUCAUGAAUUAAUGCUUUUUUUUAUCUUGUUAUUUAUAUUAAUAACUAUUUAUGAAUAGAAAAUUAUAGUUUUGUUUUGUUUAAAAAUUAUCUAAAUAGUAUUAAAAAUGUAAAAACUAAAUUUAUAUAUACAAUUCAUAUAUUAUUAUGACAAUGAAUUAGACGUGUCUAGUCUAUGCACACUUAAUAUUAUGAAACUGAAUAUAAUGAAAAGAGAAAAUAAUUACCAGUAAUAUAAGUUGUUAUUAAAUAGUUUAGUUUAUGUUAUUUAUUUAUAACUUUUUUUUCCAUUAUUGUUCACUAUUCUUGGGAUAAUGUAGUUGAUCCAGUAUUAUCUGUGAAAAAUGUGUAUAUUUUUUUGCUCAGUUCUGGUCCAAUACGACGAUUGGAAGCUAGUGGACCAAAUCCACGGCGGACCUAAAAUUUGUAUUCAUAUUUAUUUUUUUUUUCUGAUUUCUAAUUUAAAUGCAAAUAUAUCUUAUGCUAUUUUACUA